CAGUAAGUCCCUUUGAGGUGGCGGCGCUCAGGCUGCCAUUGGCCGAAGAGGGUGUGACGUAUUCUAAAUCGCCGGGGUCGGCGCGCCAUCUGAUGGUUCUAACGAGUUUGCAUCGGUGACCCACGUGCUUGUUGGACAGAAGCGGCUGCUAAGGAGGUGGGGAUACGGGAAAGUUUCUUUAUUUUGUGGGGGCGGGAAGACUUCUAUAAUGGCGCCAAAUUUCCAGAGAGUUACUGUGUGUGUGUGUUGUGAUUCCCAAAAUGCAGGUGGAUUCCAUAUAUUCAUUCCCCCAACCGGGACGCGGUGGGGGGGAGCCAUCCCCACGUGCGUUUCAAGCCCUAGGUGGUCGGAUUCCAGAAGCACCCCUCCAGGUUGUUUCCUGCUCCCGUGCAUCCGGCGCGGUGGCUGAAUCCUUUCGCUUAAAAUCCGAAUCGGUUUCCAACCGACUUCUUUUGUAGGCUGCUGGCGAUAGUUUGGAGAUAAGCAGAGGGUUGGAGUCGAGCUGGGAAGGAGGUAACGCGCAGGCGACCACAACGGGCGGGCAAGCUGCCGGGUGAGUCGGCCGCUUGGGCGCCAAGAUCCACGCUUGGGGAGUAAACGGCGGGCUUUGUUAUGCGUGCAACGCCCUGGGGAUGGGGAGCGGGGUUUGGAAUGGCUGGGCGCUGCAUGCUUUGGAAGUGGGUGCAGCUUUUGAACGCAUAACUGCUUUGAAAAGAGCGCGGUCUGAUCUGGCACUGCACGUUAGGAGCUGCUCUCCUGCACCGAUCCUAGAUGUGCACGAGUUUCUCGCUUUUGCUCCCUUAUCCUCGCUUUCCCCAGUGCUCUUCCGGCGUUUGCCGGAGCAGCUGACCCCCUCCCCCGCCCCGCCUACCCCUGGGGUCGAGCAAUACGCAAGGGCGGUAGUAGUAGCCUUUCUAAAACUGGGAGGGGAGUGCGGCGCUGCGGGUCGUUGCGUUUUUACAAGUUCGCGAGAGAUCAGAAGCGUGGAGCCGACAGUCAGUUUCCCCGCUGACCUCCGGAUGAAAAUGGGUGCUGUGCUUCUUUACGCCUGAACGGAAGGAGCAUCUAUCUACCUACUCCAAGUCAGCACGUGAGGUGUCCAAGCUAAAGGAACCCCAUUAAAGGCGUUUGUGGAUCGCGCAGCCUGAUCUCACGAAUGUUUAAUGGGAUCGGAGAUCCGCCCUGCACCGUGAGGCUUACACCGAAGUAAGCCCAUUGGACCCGUUUCUGAUGACCCUUUGCAUGUUUAUGCAGAAGUCCCCUUCAAUUUAGUGAGAUUCUCCAAGUAAGCCUGUUUAGGGCUGCGCAUCAGAGUGCCGUUCUAUGCAUGCCUGUUCCCAAUGCAUCCCAUGGGAUUUACUUUUACCUGCGUGGCACAAUGGACUGCAGCUUUACUUCUUGAUCCUAGGCAUGUUUACGUGGGCGUCCCACUGAAUUCAGCUGGGCUUACUCCAAGAAAAGUUUCAUUGGAUUAUGUAGCCAAAUCCUAUACAUGUUUACUUAGAAGUUCAACGAGUUUCCAAGUAAAUUCUGAGUUUGUCCAGAAGAUCAAGGGCAAACCUAAACAUGUUUAUCAGCAGUAGGUCCCGCUGUCAUGUCUUACCCAAAUGAUAAGCAAAAGGAAAACAAUAAAUUGAAAAUUUCAUAUCUGAGUUCUUGUGCAACUUUAAUGUUCACUCUUUCACUCCUACUAAGCUUAAAUGUGACCAUAACCGGCUUACAUUGUACAUUUAUACCUCCAGACAUAGUUCCAUUGUGGGUGGGCUUGUGACUGUCUAGGUUUCGUUAAUUAAACAUGCCUGACGUUAGUUUUCCCUUUGUAGGCGUGCAAAAUGGCAGAAAGACCUAUUUGGGAGCAAAUUGGAACAAGUUUUAUACAACUGUAUUACCAGCAGUUUGAUACCAACAGGGAACAACUAGCUUCACUUUAUGUAUGUACCAACUUACCUUUGUUUAGACUGCUUUCUCAUUGGUCCUGGGUUAUUGACUUGGCAUCUUUGCUAAAGCAGCAAAAGUUAAGAUGUGGUUGAGGGGCCUAACCAAAACUUGGGUCUGUCGUUGUUGUUUGUGUUUGUUAAUAACAAAAUACUGUAAAUUUUAGAUCCCAGGCAGCUUCCUUUUAUUCCUAUCGGUAGUUGAAGGUAGAGUCUUGUGACUGAAGUUUUCCAAAUAUUUUAGGCAUAAUAGUGUGUUUUCUUAUCGGUCACAGUGUUGCCCCCUUCCAAUGUGAAGUGCUUGCAGUUUGAGCCAAGGACCCAGAAAAUACUGCCAUAGGCUUUGCCAAACUUUGGGGGGGGGGGGCGGGUUGCAGACAAUUGUGGGAAGCUGAGUAGGAUGAGGAGUGGAGCUCCCUGAAGGCAUCUUGCCUAGGGGUUGAACCUGUGUACUUUGCUUUCCUUUGGUCUUUUUAAUGUAUAAUUUUAGUAAUGUAUACCUUUUUGCAGACAGAUGCUUCUUGUUUAUCAUGGGAAGGGCAGCAAUACCAAGGAAAAGCAUCAAUCAUGGAAAAAUUGCUGGUAUGUUCCUACUUAAAAUCAGUAGUUCAUAGAAUCGUAGCGUUGGGAGCGAUCCAAGGGUCAUCUAGUCCAACCCCCUGCAAGACUAGCUUGCUGCCUGUUGUGUACGUGUUUUAAAAUAAUUAAAUCCAAUAGUUUAACCGAGGAACUGAAAGGAGAGCACUGAUUGACUUGCUCUGUUUCUCAUGUGGUUUGCAUGUUGCUAGUAUUCUGUAUCUAGUAAGCUAGGCAGGUCUAACACUUGUUCUCUUUAUGGUACUAGAGACUCCCUUUCCAAAAAAUUCAGCACAACAUAACAUCCCAAGAUCACCAGCCAGCUCCUGACAACUGUAUCCUUAGUAUGGUUGUUGGUCAGCUGAAGGUAAGUUUAAUUGCAUCUUUGGCAUGUGCAAAGCAUUUAAAUCUUUAGCUACCUCAGUGUUAAAGCUGAAACAUUAAAGCGUCCGAACAGAAUUUUAUUCAUUUAAAAUAUCAUAAACCGAGCAAUAAAAAUGGAAAGUGUGUGUGUUAGAUGCUAUACAAUACAUCUGCCACAUAAAAUGAAACAGAAGGUACAAUGUAAUCAAAAUGACAUACUGUAAGAUUUCACUGAUUUAUCUUUUCACCGAAAUCAGCGAGGCAUAAAAAGGGCUUAAAUCUGGUUGGAUUUUGCUUUAUUAUGUUUAAGAUGUACUAUGGGGCUUCUGUUUACAUGAUUGCCAUAUUUAUACAGAAUCUAAAAUGUCAUCUUCUCUUAAUGUAGGUGGAUGAUGAUCCAGUGAUGGGAUUUCACCAGUUGUUUGUUCUCAAGAACAUUAAUGACAAAUGGAUCUGUUCCAAUGACAUAUUUAGGUUGGCUCUGUACAACUUUGCUUGAAAUCUCUGUUCUCAAGCAUGCCUUUGAGAUCGUUCAUCUCAAAAAAAAAAAUUGUAAACAAAAAUUGGUUUUAAAAUUGCUUGUAUUCUUCUUCAUUCUUUUGCUUGGUGAUUGAAAGAAUAUGUAUAUUCUGUUUUAAAUGUUAAGCAAACUCAUUAGGAUGAUCACUUCCUCUGAUAUACCUGUACUUCGCUCCUGCACAUCCGUCACAUAAAACAUUGUGUAUAUAAAGUACUGUAAGAAUGCUCUGCUUGUCUAUUUUAAUUGCAUUAAACAUGUUGAAACUUGCAUAAAGGAUCACUUUUAAAAUUGCUCUGAAAUUCAGCUUUGAAGUAACCACAAGAAGUCCUGUUAGUGGACAUGAGGGAAUAACCAUUUUUCUUAAAUGCAUUUCCUUAAAAGACUACAUAUUUUAUACCCUCAUGUUAUUUGUUGAUAUGAUGGCAUGAACUCUGGGUGAAUUUGUAGUGCUAAGUUUGCAUUUUGAAUAUAUUGUUUGCAUGAAGUCUGAGGUGGCUGGAGCUGUUCAUUAUUAUGGCAAGACAAGCCCCAUGUAUGUACCAUUGUGCUGCCCCGUGUUUAUGGAAUUUGUUACGGCUAAAGAUUUAUCAGAUAUGAGAAUUUGCCCAUUCAUAUGGACAAUUAAAGCUUUUCUUUUCAAGCAGGAUUUAACCUCUCAAGUAGAAUUGAGCUGUAUUGAAUAUUUGGUUUAUGUUGACUAUAUUGAGCUCACUAUGAACACUUCCCUUAUUCUCUUAUAAUGGCAAUGGCACCUACUUGAGAGGUGACGGAACUGAAUUCUGGCUGGAAAAAAACCUCUGGACAGUCGUCUUCAGCAGAGGCAUUCUUAAUGGUCUGAAUAGGGGCGCUGUGGGAGGAAGAACUGAAAAAGAAGCUCCACCAGUUUAGGAGCUCUGCUGUCCUGACAACUUGCCCUGACUUGGUGUGAAUAAAAUAGAGCUCAUCAAAUGGAUCAUCCAGAGAACUUCUGUUAACCAGAACCAGAGAACUGCCCUUAUAGGUAUUCUCAUUGCCACCUUUCUUUCCUUUGUAGGCCUGGCACAAUUUGGAUAUACCUGGCUGGACAAAAAAAAAGUCAGGCACCCAAUCUUUAAGGCUGUCAGUGGCUACUAGCCAGCAUGGCUAUGAUCCAUCUCCCCAUCACAGGGAGGUGGAUCAUACCAGUUGAAUACCAGUUGCUUGGGAACACUGGCAUGAUUCUCAGCUUGGCAGACACAUACCUGCACUAAUUCUUCAGGCCAAUCUAGAUGUUCAGGACAACGCUUUGCUCUUAUUUGCCGCAACUCCAUAAACUUAAGCAAUUGGUUCCCUGUCCAGUUUAUUUGUGGCAUUGGAACCAGCGUGUGCAGAAAGAGCUUAAAAACAAUAGAAUGCUGCAAAGUGUGCCGGGGGAAGAAACUAGGUUUUCCCACUUUUCAUUUUGAUUUUUGUAUAACAUUUAUACCCCGCUUUUCGAUCACAUGAUCAAGGCAGCUCACCAUAGAUUGUAAUAGUAAACACACAUAUACACACGGUCCAAUAGUUCGUGGUUAGGGAACCUCCAGUCUGCAGGCUAAAUUUGACCUGGCAUGGGUCCCAACUUCAUUCGCAAAGUUUUUUUCCUCAAACCACACCCACUUCCCCCCCUCCUGAUGGUAUAUGUGACUGCCUCUCCCCAUAUCAACAAAACUGGGCCCUUGGAUCAUCAUAUGAGGUGAUCAUCACGAGGUCCAAAGGGCAGCAACCUGAGAACGGGCCUUUUCUGUGCUGGCUCCCCAGGGAGCCUCCUUGGCACAUUCAUUACCUAUCUUUAGGCAGCAGGCAAAAAUAUUCCUCUUCUCCCAGGCCUUUGACAAAUUAAACGGUCUAUUACCUUUGAAACUGAGAUGGGGGGGUUAUUGUUUUUGUUUGUUACUGUGGUUAAGUAUUUUUGUGUUUUUAUAUUGUGAACCAUCCUGUGAUCCUCAGAUGAAGG